GCACUCGCAGUGAAUUCUAGAACACAAUCUUUACUAAGUUCAUAAUGUUUAACAUGGGACUGUAUGCAUUGUGAACGAGCAUGAUAUAUUAUGAGUAUGGCAGUAAAUGCACAUUACCAUUUGGCGGUUUUCAGUUUUCUGUCUUGUAUCUUCAAACUUGCCAAAUUUGUGAUUUGUCGAGACUAUGAGCUCUCUUCAAAAAUUAUCGGAUCAAGUCCAGGAAACUUUUUCUAAAUCAGCGGCAAACAUAUUUUUAUAUUAUGAUGGUGAAGAGCAAAAUAAAGUGAUAGAAGAAAUGAAAGACAUCGUAGAAAAAAACUGUUUUGUCAAUGCAAAAUUGACCAAAGCUAAUGAAGUGAUUGAAAGGAUCACAGAAUUGCACAGUUCUGAUGACAAUAUUCUGAAGUUCAAGGAUAUUCUUGAGGAAUAUAAAACAGAAAUGGUAAAAAUUGAUCCAGAUGUUUCAAGGGAUAUAAAUCUUGUGGAAUUUAAUCGCCAAGUAAAAGAUUUAUUAAAAGAUACAGAGAAUGCAAGUGAUGCUCAGCCUCUUGGAGACAGUGACGAUGACUUACAAUUUACACAAGAUACAGUAAAUGUGAUUGAUCCCUUCACAAAAAAGCGAAUGACUGAUCCAAUGAAAAAUAAAACAUGUGGCCACGUCUAUGAUCGUAAAAGCGUAAAUGCUAUGUUGAAAGUCAACCCUAGAACCAGAUGCCCGGUUGUUGGUUGUGCGCAUAAGGAAUAUAUUUCUAUCAAUAAUCUGGAAUCCGACAUUGUAUUAAAGACUCGUUUGUUGAAGAAGACUGUUUAAAACUGUAUCGCAUAGGCACAUGUUUAUCUAUAUAAAUUUACUUGCUAAUACAAAAAUUGGUAUUUUUAGUGUUUUCUACGUGGCCUUAAAGUAAGAAAAUGUAAUCUUAAAUAUAUCAUUAAAAAAUAUUAUCAUUUU